AUGACUGUUUUAUCUCAUGAACAACAAUUAUUAAUCUUAACAUAUAUUUUCACUGCUAAGCAACCAUAUAUUGAAGCAAGUGAAUUAAAUGCCAAUGAUGUACAAGUUACAUUGAUUAUGCAGGGUUUACAGGCGCCUAGUCGAGGAUUUUGUGGACUUAUUAAACCCGGUUGUUCAGGGAAUUUCCACAGUGAUUCUUUCAAUACAACAUCUGCAAGUAUUCGUCAACAAUUAGGCAAUGGAUUAUUAAAAGUGGAGCUUGGUGAAUAUUCAUUAAAUGUUCUAUGCGAAUUAACUAAUCCUAAUUAUACUUAUGAAUAUUCUGUACGUCAAUUUCCAUCGAAAAUUAUGCCAACAUUUUGUACAUUUAAAAUACAAAAUAAUAAAGUCAGAUUACGUUUGAGAAAAGCUUGUGGUUCUGACCAAUGGGCUGGUGCAUUAGCUGUCAAAGGUUUAGAUCAAAGUUGACAAAUGCACAGUAAAAUAUAUCAUUAUGAUUAGAAAUAUACAACAAAUAUUUUGUACAUGAUAUUCUAUGAGAUCUAUUAAAUAAACUGUAAUAUACAUAUAUGUAUACAUACACUUGUUAUUGAAUGUAAUUCUAUUGUAUUGGAUCAGAAAUAUCAAUGACUACGAUUGGAGCAUCGUACUUCAGUACAACGAUUAUAUUUCAAUGGAUGACAAUCCAAUCUUUCUCAUGAUUUUCUUCUUUUGUUUACAUGAAUAUAUUCUCGUUUUUUUAAAAUAAUUUUUUAGUGUAUUAUCAAUCCUUUGACUUUUUUUACUCGACGUAAAUUACUAAUAUCGCUUUCCUAGUUAUAUUUGCCUUUUUUUAAAAAAAGAACGUGAUGAUAAAAAUAUAGGUAAAUAUAUGAUGCUUGUUUAUUGUAA